CAGUGUGCGAAAGUCCUGACACUGUUAGCGCUGUUAUCCUCAAAGGAAUCUGUUCAUGUGAUUUUGAUGUCAAUCUCAGCAAUCCCGAAUUUUGUCCUAUGUUUCCUAAGAGACCCCGGCCCGGUAUGUGUCCCCAAAAUGAUGAGGAACUCACUUGUAGGAAUACCUAUGAAUAGAGAGGCAUCAAUCAACUGGAUUCUGGUCAGAGAACUUUCACGAGUAAUUUCUAUGGUUGAAGCUUAAUCUGUUUUGAAUUGUUUGAAGCUUGUCAUAGCAACGUCAAACAGAUGACGUCUUACGAAUCUGUUUUGACUUGUUUAGGACUUCCUGCUGCUGUUCAAGAACUUCAAUCAAAUAUAGAGCGGCCAGUCUCUGAUAGAGCUUGAAUAGCCCAGAUGGGGUGUGGAUUCUUCCUCCAAGGAGACGACAGAUUCGAUGCUGAUCAUCACAAUGGGUGAAAGUAGGAGAUUCAACUAUGGAAACCGUGGAUGACCCAAACGAAAAAUCUGUAAAAUUAGAUGAAUGUGAAGGAAAUUGGUUGGUCUCCGUUCAAGAACGGCCCCAAAUAAUUUGGAGGGCACAAUCGAUGAUGAUGGUACAGCGACUUGUUGGGAUGGGCGACGUAUGGGACCAUCACUUAGUGCUCGCCACACAAGUCCCUUCACCACCUCCACGCCAAGCCAAACCCGUCCCAAUCUCCAAAGCCUUUGGUUCCUCCUGAUUCUUGCUCUAACGAAGUGCUUGAUUCUUGAAAGCUAUCGUUUUUCUCCUACCCGUUUGGGCAUUUCGGUCGUCCGUUGUUUCUGUAGUUGCUUCCGGGUCGAACUUCUUCUUCUUUUUUCUUGCAUGGGCGUUGCUGGUUCGAUCAUGGAGGCAAGAACUGUCUGCUCUCCACGUAUCAGACCUUCUCCUCGGGCGGCUUCGGGUCGCCCCCAGCUUCUCUCAGCCUCCAGCAAUGCUCUGUUUUCUGGUGUAUCUCUUGUCUCCACGCUCCAUUUGAGGACAUUUUCACCGACUACUUGUUGGGCCAAGGAAAAAUCCGACCAGGGAAGAGCUGACUGGAGUCACGAAAACGAGAUACCAAUUAUACAGGAGUCAUUUCAGUUGAUGAAAACAAUAACAAAUUUUGCACUGACUAACUUUCUCCCAAUAGCUCUUCUCAGUGGAGUAGCUUUGGGAUUUGCAGAUCCUACUCUCGGUUGCCUCGCACACAAACAUUCAUUGACACAAUUUGCAACUUCAGGAAUAUUCUUUAUAUCAGGUCUGAAGUUGCAGGACAGGGAAAUAGGAGCUUCCGCACAAGCAUGGCCUUUAGGAUUAUAUGGGCUAGCUUCUAUACUGCUGAUCAGUCCCUUCUUGUCCAAACUAAUCUUGCAAUUUCAGCUCACACCUCAGGAAUUUGUAACAGGGUUAGCCAUUUUUACUUGUAUGCCAACAACUCUAUCUAGUGGAGUUGCUCUAACUCAGCUUGCUGGUGGAAAUUCUACUCUGGCACUUGUAUUGACUGUAAUGUCUAAUUUAUUGGGCACUGUUGCUGUGCCAUUUUGGGUAUCAAAGUUCUUUGCCGAUGGUUUUGGUGUAUCCAUCCCUACGGAGAAGCUUUUUUGGAGCCUUAUGUAUACACUUCUUGCCCCUUUGGUUUUGGGAAAGGUAGUGCGUUAUUCCUUCCGAGGUCUGGCAACCUAUGCUGAUCAGAAUAAAAGGGUUCUGACAAUGACCUCUACAAUCCUUCUAAGCCUUACGCCAUGGAUGCAAGUGAGUAAAUCCAGAGAAUUGCUCUUAAUGGUGAAGCCACUAGUUUUUCUAAAAGCUAUUGGGCUAGGAAUAGUGGUGCACCUUCUCUUUUUAGGUUUCAACGCCGUCACCUUGAAGAUUUUCUCAGCUGCCUCUGGUUCGAGGAUGUCUUCUCUAGUGAACAAAAAGAAUGCUCGUGCGCUUAUGAUAGUUUGUAGUCAGAAGGCCCUGCUGAUUGUAGUAGCAGUGGUAGAGCAGCUGAACGGUGCACUGGGCGAGCCCGGGCUGCUAGUGCUCCCUUGUGUAGCAGCACACAUAACCCAGAUCAUCAUCGACUCACUGGUAGUUAACUCUUGGCUUCAAAGAGAUCGAGCACAUGAGAAAGUCAAGACAGCAUGAAGUUUGUCUUCUCGGCAUUUGCUGGGUAUCUGCAUCUUCUGCGCCCUUAAAGAAUAUGGCGCCAAUGCUACUGGAGAACGUUUCAUCCUAACAACUUCGGAUGGAAAUAGCGUGUUCUUCGUAAUGCUGAACAGGCUCUUAAGGACGACAGUUUGCAAUCUUACAUAUUCUGCUAGCCAAAUAUGCUCCUAAAAAGUGGAGCUAUGACUCUUAUCUUCACCUACAUUAUAUGCUCAAGAAGAGGUCAUGUUGCAUCUCUUGGCUGCCGCUAAUGGCAUAGUCCAGACACAACUUUACCAAAGAGGCUAUUAAACUGGCAAGUUUUGAUGAAUAAUUCUUCUCAAGCCCUUGAGCUUCCUCUCUUUUGC